AUGGUCUCAAGAAGAAUACUAUUGUUUGCCGGAUCGGGCAUAGCUUCAUUUGCAUUAUUAUUAAUUAUCAUUAGUGUGGGCACUCCAAAUUGGUUAGAUGAUGGAAGUGGUUAUCAAGUAGGAUUAUUCAAAACUUGUACCUCAAGUUUAGGAUGUAGCACUAAUAAUCGAGUAACACAAGGUGGUCUAUCUGUAUUUGGCUUAUUAUUAUUAUUUUUUGGUAUUGUUACGGCUAUUGCCGGAGCAUUUGUUGAGAACAUGUCAAGAUAUUUAAUAUUAGCAUCUGUUGGAUUUUUAUUCUUUAGUUCAAUGUUUAUCAUGUCUGCCUAUGCUACAUGGGGUGUGUACUCUCGAGAUUCAUCGUACUCUGCAGGGACUACACUAUCAUCAUCAUGCGUACCAAUGUCUUGGUCUUACAAUUUGGCUGUUGCAUCACAUUUCUUCUUGCUUAUCGCAUUAACAUUAAUCGCAAUGGUUUUUGGAGAAGUAUUUCUACAAGGUCGUAAUGAUUCAUCGUAA